AUGACUGCCAACAGUGAAAACAAUGAUAAACCAUUAACAACAAAUUCCAAUCCAACGGAUGAUGAAGACAUAACAUUUUUUUUUUUUUACGGUUUAGUUAAGCAAUUGGUUUUAAAACGUUAUGAUAUCGGAGAUGCUUGUGUAUUAUCAAGUUGGUUGAAAGCGUUAGAACAAAAUAAAAAUAAAACUGUUCGAAAUGAAUAUAUUAAACUUAUGACGAUAGCGUUGCAAUAUACAGAACCAAUCUGUCCAUUUAAAGAUCCGCCUCCUGAGAUAAUUGAUCCAUUGGAAAAUGGAGUGAUCGAAAUGGCGAGGAAAUUCUUAAAGAAAGAAGGAACUGCUACGUGUAUUGGAGAUAAUGAAUACGAUAUCAAGGACACUAAUCCAACUGUUAGCACAGCAAUGUCUAAUGACAAAUGCCAAUAUGCAUCUUAUCAAGUUAUACCGAACGUAGGUGUUCAGUGUUAUUAUGCUUUUUCAGACGAACCAAUGUAUAAUUGGUCUUUAUCAUCACAAAUAACAAUCCCGAAAAGUGGUCCACAUGCCACGGACAUUGAAUGGGAAAGAGCAUUAGCAGGUAUUAAAUUUAUCAAACCGAGCACAGACAACGUACAAGUUCCGAAAGUUCGAAAAACUGCAACCGCUAAAGAUGAAGAAAACGAAGUAAUUUCAUCAGUUUCUGGCAGCAGGAUAUCUAAGAAAAAGUCAGAUAAAUUGAAAGAAAGUGGGGAAACAUCAGACAUUUGUAAUGUAAUGCACAUAAACCAACAAAACCGAAAUGUGACUGAAGUAUUUGAAUGGAAUGAUGCUAGUCUAUUGACUGGAGAGAUACGACUUGGUGCAGAAAUGUGUGCCGAUCGAAAAGUUGAUGCUCAAGUUAAAACACAAAUAGAACUUGACAAAGAAGCAUUUAAUGCCUACGAUAAACUUUAUCCUGGCGAUUUCUUGAUAAAUGUAGAACAGUCGGUUAUUAACGAUAUAAUUCCAAUGAAAACAAACGUUGUUACGGAGGCUGGCGAUAAAAAAACUAUCAAAGAAGAACAACAGCAACAGCAACAGCCGCCGGCACUAAAUGACGGCGGUGGCUGCGGUGGCGCGAAGACAAAGCAACGCGAGUGCCCGCGGCCGAAAUUGUGCACGUUGCGGCAGAGCGCCGGCCACGGGAACGUCGAACCGCCGCUAGAGGAUCGCCGGACCGUUGUCAUCGACAAGUCGCUACAGCGGAUUUCCGAGCUGAAGCGCAAACUGGCCGCGCUGAAAGCCCCCGACGGCCGCACCGGCAACUACGGCGACAGCCGCCACACGACAGCCGGUCCGCCGGCGAGACGUCCGAUCCCGGCCGACGACUACCGUGCCACGUUGUCCGGACGUCGUGUUCGGGGCGGCGACGACGACGACUGCAGCGGCGUCGGCGGUGGCACGGCGAGACCGGCGCGAUCGGCCGAAUCGCGCGCCGAACGGCACUCGGACAGCGGGUUGCUGUUCAAAAGGUCGGAACUGCGGAGCAUGCUCGACUUCACCGGCGAGUGUUUCGAGGAUGCGAGCUCGAUGUUGCGGAACAGACGUACCAACCCAAAGUGCGUUAGCCUGGCGCAGCUGAGCGAGAGGUCCGCGAAGAGACGCGGCGGCGACGAAUCCGACGAACCGCCUUCAGACGCGUGAACGCGCGCACAAUAUUCCUCGCCCUGUUGUAUACCUGUGGUGUUCGUAUUUUGUCCGAAUAAAACGCGUGACGGCGGGUCGUCGUCACCCCUAUCCGACCAAAAUCGACAUUGCGUGUUUACACGUUGGUUUUUGCCACCGCUGUGGCGUAUCCACUGGGUGGUUGGGUGGUUUACCUCAAACACAUUGACAUUUUUUUUUUUUUUGUAUGUUUAACCGACUUUGACUUUCUAUUAUUUCUUGAGUCGGAUUUCCGUGAUUUGUGUAUUCGAUGAAUGUAUGGUUUGGUUUAACUUGUAUCACUUCGCCGACAAUCCGCGAGAAUUUGUCGAGUAUAACGAAUACCGAACACCAAAUACAUUCUCAUAAGUACUCUUGAUAAUAUAUAUUAUAUUCACCUUUGGUACCUACUAACAAAAUCGUAUCGAAUGUGAUACAUACAAAAGUGGUAAACGUAAAAUACGAUCGAGAAUACUCAAUUUAUAUGUUUGUACACAAAAAUUUCGUAAGUCCGCGGACCGCGAUACACUAUCCGAAACUACUCAACUGAUUUUGAUUAAAUUAUGAUCAAUGUGUGUGAUUUGGUCUCAAACAUAAGAAAAGAUAGUUUUUAUCUAGAAUUAAUGACCUCAUUUUUUUUUUUAUUGCAAAUUAAACGUUUAUUAUAUUAUGUUGAGGU